GAUGUAAGCAGAUCAGUGCCAAUCACAUCACCUAUACCGUAUAUUCAUUUCGUUCAAGAGUAUAUACACUGCAUUCAUUUGUUCCGAUAGUAGUAGAGGAGACGCCAGAAGAGAAUCAUGGCUCAUUUAGGAAUAUUCAGUUGUUUAUUCUUUGCGGUGUUGUGUCAUUUAGCUAAUGGACAGUUUCCGCCGAGGCUCCAAAUCCCAGGUGCUGUGUUGCUAGGACAACCACAGAAACAAUCAACGAUCAGGCAGAGGUUGCAGCAGUUGGAUGGUCCUCAACCUAGGUUCAGAGGUCGUCCUCUUCCAUCGAACGCUCUUCCGGUUCCGGUCCGCGAACAAGUGAGGCCCGUAGUCGAGGAACCCGAAGAGGAUGAUCAGCAAGCGCGUCAAUCCCACUUCGACGAUGAAGUCGCCAAGUUGGGAAUCACCGCCCUCCACACCGCCGUCCAACAAGUCGACGAAGAACCCAUCAGAAGCCCGCAGGGACGACAGUACAACUUAUACAAGGAACGUCCGGUUCCGGUUUUGAGGCAAGACAUCCGCGAAUCGCCAGUGUCCAGGCCAGCUCCCGUCCAACCUAAACCACUUCCGAUUCUCAGGCAGGAAGCCCCAAGGCCCGUCAUCAGGCAGGAACUGAAGCAGGAAUCUCUGUACACUCGUCCAGCACCUCAAAGGCAAGAGUACGAAGCUCCAGUUCAGCACGUCAGGAGGCCAGCACACCAGGUGGUUCGUCCACAACAAGCUCAACCGGUGCGUCAGGCUCCAGCUCAACGUCCAGCUUCCCGUCCAGCUCCACAAUACUUGGAUGAUGAUGAACAGCCACGUAACCGUAAACCAGUCGUUCAAAUCUUGAGGAAGUACCGUACGGACAAUGCCGACGGCAGCAUCACCUGGGGCUACGAAAAUGAAGACGGUUCCUUCAAGGAGGAAACCAUUGGCGUCGACUGCAUAACCCGCGGCAAAUACGGCUACGUCGAUCCCGAUGGCGUCAAGAGGGAGUACACCUACGAAACCGGCGGCACCUGCGAAGAACCAGAACCUGAGUUGGACGAUCUUCCACUUCAGCAGCAGGCCAUCCCCAAAGGUGGCAAGAAGCCAUACAGGAUACCAGCUCAAUUCAACUAACUCCUAGUUCUUAAUCAGCAAACAAUUAUUUAAUUUCACGGAGGCGAAGGAGAGAAAGCGCAUUUUGUAUAAAGUUUUAUUUGUUAAAUAAAGUUUUCAUUUUU